AUGAAAGAGCUGCUCGGUAGCAAGGGCAGCGGGUUGGCGGAGAUGGCGAGAUUAGGUUUGCGCGUUCCCGCGGGUUUCACCGUCUCGACGCGGUGCUGCGAGCGUUACGAGCAGUCGGGAAUGGACUUCGUGCGUCGGGAGCUCUGGGAAGAAGUUUUGGACGGCGUCGCGUUCAUCGAGAAGACGACGAAGCGGACGGUGUUUCGAUCCGGGUGCUCGUUGGUAGCCGCGCCGCCGCUGUUGCUGAGCGUUCGAUCGGGCGCGGCGGCGAGCAUGCCGGGGCAGAUGGACACGGUGUUGAAUCUCGGGAUGAACGACGAGUGCGCGCAAGCGUGCGUGAACGCCGGGUUCGAUGCGCGAUGGGUCUACGAUUCGUACCGCCGUUUGAUCUCGAUGUUCGGCGACGUCGUCGAACAUCUUCCGAAACAAGAUUUUGAACGCGCGCUCACGAAGGCGAAGGAAACGAAUAACGCUCGUUACGACACCGAACUCGACGCCGAGGCGCUGAAACUGCUUUGCGGGGAAUUCAAAGACAUCUACGCGAAGCACGGCAAAGUCUUCGAGCAGGACGCGAUGAAACAGUUGGAACAGAGUGUCGUCGCGGUUCUUGAAUCGUGGAACACGCCGCGCGCGGUCGAGUAUCGCGAAAUCAAUCGCAUCACUGGUCUUCGCGGCACGGCGGUAAACGUACAGCAGAUGGUUUUCGGGAACAUCAACGACAAUUCCGGCGCCGGCGUGUGCUUCACGCGCAAUCCGGCUGACGGCGCGGAUGAGACGUACGGUGAGUACCUCGCGCAAUCGCAAGGAGAAGACGUCGUCUCGGGCGUGCGGACACCGAUGGGGCUGAAAGCUAUGGCGGAAUCGCAACCGAAGGCGGCGGAAGAGCUCGAAUCGGUGUGCGACGCGCUCGAGGACGAUUUCAAAGACAUGUUAGACAUCGAGUUUACGAUCGAAGAUGGCGAGCUUUACAUUUUGCAAUGUCGUGUCGGCAAAAGAACGGGAACGGCGGGCGUGCGAAUCGCAACGGAGAUGUUUGCGGAGGGAAUCAUUUCAAAAGAUGAAGCACUCAUGAAAGUCAACGCGCAAAGUCUCGAGCAGGUUCUGCAUCCAGUUUUUCUUCUCGACGCCGCGUCGCCGGAUUACUCGUCGAAAAUCGUCGCCAGCGGUUUACCCGCGUCUCCAGGCGCGGCCGUCGGUCGAAUCGUGUUUUCUUCCAAGGAAGCGAAAGAGUACAAAUCACAAGGGAAACCGUGCAUUCUGGUGAGGGAAGAGACGAGCGCAGACGACAUAGGAGGCAUGUACGCGGCGGAAGGCAUUUUGACCGCGCGGGGAGGGAUGACAUCGCACGCCGCCGUCGUCGCUCGGGGAUGGGGCAAGCCGUGCGUGAGCGGAUGUGGCGCCAUCAGCUUUAAGAAUGAUCGCGAGAUUCGCUUCGGGACGAGCGAUCGCACGUAUCGCGCCGGUCACACGAUUUCCAUCAACGGCGCGACCGGUGAGGUGAUCGACGCAGAACUCGCGGUGGCGCCGAGCACGAUUGACACUUUCUUACCUCUCAAGACUCUGAUGCACUGGGCCGAUGAGAAGCGCCGUGUUGAGAUCCGAGCCAACGCGGACACGCCCGAGGACGCGGCGGCGGCGAUUCGCAACGGCGCGAAGGGCAUCGGAUUGGUUCGCACAGAACACAUGUUCUUCUCAUCGACCGAACGCGUGCACGCAAUUCGCGAGUUUAUCAUCGCGCAAGAUGAGCAAGCGCAAAAGGUGGCGCUCGAAAAGUUGGAAAAGUUUCAGUACGAAGAUUUCAAAGGAAUUCUGAAAUCUGCCGGGGGCUUUCCCGUGACGAUGCGCUUGAUCGAUCCACCUCUUCACGAAUUCUUGCCGUCCCGCGAAAAACUGCGCGAAGGAGCGGCGAACGAAAUGUCCAAGUACAUUCACGGAAAAUCAGCGCACGACAUCAUCGAAAUCGCGGAGAGCAUGCGCGAGCACAACCCAAUGCUUGGUUUCCGCGGCUGCCGAUUAGGAUGCGUCAAGCCUCGCAUUACGCGCAUGCAAGUCCACGCGUUUUGUCGAGCCGCGAUCGAUCUCAUCGCCGAGGGCGUGCCCGUGGAACCUGAAAUCAUGGUCCCGCUCGUGAGCACAGUGGAGGAGUUUCACAACCAACGGGAUUUGAUCUGGGAUGUCAUACGAGAUCUCGGGCGCGAAAAUCAGGCUCCGCCGAUGCGCGUGCAAGUCGGCGCCAUGAUCGAAACUCCGCGAAGCGCGCUCAUCGCCGGCGAGCUCACGCGCGCAGGCGCCAGCUUCUUCUCUUUCGGCACAAAUGAUCUCACGCAAAUGACGUACGGAUUCUCCCGCGACGAUAGCGACGCCUUCGUCAAGCCUUACAAAGACAUGGGCAUUCUCCAAAGCGACCCGUUCGAGAUUCUGGACACCGUCGGCGUGCGCGAACUCAUCUCCAUCGCCGCCGAACGCGCGCGCGCCGUGCGCCCGGACGUCGAGCUCGGGAUAUGUGGCGAGCACGGCGGUGAUCCAAAGUCUUUAGUCACCAUCGACGCGCUGGACUUGGACUACGCCUCGUGUUCGCCGUCGCGCGUGCUCGUCGCGCGCCUCGCCGCCGCGCAAGCCGCCGUCGGCGGCGCGCCGUCCAAACAGCGAAAGCGCGCCGCGCGCUCGCACGCCUCCCCAGCCGCGUGA